UCAAAUAUAUUAGUAACAAAGAGAGUUAUCGAUAAAAGUUUCAAAUAAAAGUAAAAAUAAAAUUCGAUAGGAUAAAUUGAACGGGUGCAAGAGGGGGACGGGGUUAAAUUGAUCGAACGAUUAAGUAGGACCCACUUAGGUUGCUUAUCAGAUAGUAAUAACGGUGCUACUCAUUACCUUGGCAGUGGAUAGGAAAUUACUUGCAGUUUAGGUACCUACAGUGCUUGAAAUUUUUCAUCUCAUUGUCCAGUGCGUUCAGCUCACUCGUAGCAGCUGUCGGAAAUUGUGAUUAAAAGUUGCUAUGGCAUUAAUAUGGUGAGCGUUUUUCUGGCCCUCCUUGUAUUAAUUACAACUGUCUACGUCAAAUGGAUGUAUUCGUAUUGGAAAAGACGAAAUGUCCCACAAUUACCUCAUAGUUUCCCCUUUGGAAAUGCGGAAAAUCCACUCACGCGAAAACUUUUUAUCGAUGAAUGGUUGGCUCUUGUGUACAAAGCCUUUAAGGAACGCGGAUCGAAACAUGGAGGUGUCUAUUUUUUCGUACAUCCAAUGUACGUACCUAUCGCACCAGAAGUGAUAAAAAAUAUCAUGCAGAAGGACUUUCAUCAUUUUGUAGAACGCGGAUUGUACUAUAAUGAAAAGGAUGACCCUUUAAGCGCCAAUUUAUUUUUCAUCGGCGGUCAAAAAUGGAAAAACCUGCGGGCUAAACUUACGCCGACCUUCACUUCGGGUAAGAUGAAAAUGAUGUUUGAAACUUUGGUAGCAUGCGUCGAUCCCAUGCAAAACGACAUGGCUUCAUAUUGCGCCAAUAAAAAACCGGUUGAUAUAAAAGACAUUUUGGCGCGCUUCACGACGGAUGUUAUUGGAUCGUGCGCGUUUGGGUUGGAGUGUAACAGUUUUACAAACGAAGAUGCAGCGUUUCGCCACCAUGGUCGGCAAAUUUUUGCUCCAGAAACAAAAAUUAAAGCACUGAUAGGUUUGUUUGCGAUGAUAACGCGGAAGUGGGCCAACAGAUUGGGAGUGCCCCUAUUUCCUAAGGACAGCAGCUCCUUCUUCUUCAACGUUGUCAAGGACACAGUUAAAUAUAGGCGCGAGAAUGGUUUUUCUCGCAAAGACAUGUUGCAGAUUGUUAUGGAUCUUCAAAAAGGCACAUUAACAAUGGAAGAAAUUGCGGCUCAAGCGUUUGUCUUUUUUCUGGCCGGCUUUGAAACUUCUUCGACUACUAUGACCUUCUGCCUCUACGAGUUGACAAUUAACAUGGAUCUACAGGAAAAGGUGCGAGAGGAAAUUAAUCACGUUUUAGAACAGCAAGACGGCAAGCUUACAUACGAAGCAAUCAUGCAGAUGAAGUAUUUGACUCAAGUUAUCGACGAGACGUUGAGAAAGUAUCCUCCCGGAGGUCUGUUACCUCGAGAGUGUGUCGCAGAUUACGUAGAACCCGUCACUGGUGUGACUAUUGAAAAAGGAACAAAAGUCCUAAUCCCGGCAUGGGGUCUACAUAUGGAUCCAGAGUAUUUUCCUGAUCCUGAAAAGUUCGAUCCUGACAGAUUUUCGGAUGAAAAGAAGCACAGCAUUGUUCCUUUCACGUAUAUGCCCUUUGGUGAAGGUCCGCGCAUAUGCAUCGGUAUGAGAUUCGGAAUGAUGCUGACAAAGGUUGGCCUGGCCUACUUGUUAAGGGACUAUUCAUUUACUCUCAGUCCGAAAACCAAAAUUCCAUUCAAAUGGGAUAAAUAUAGCUUCAUAAUAACCACGGAAGAUCCAAUAUGAGUAUAACGGCUUAUUUCGAAACAAAUGCGGGAUGCCUCUACGUAAUUGAAUAGUAUACAGUGAUAAACGAAAAUUUUUAUCCAUAUGA